ACUGCGCCAUGCAGGAAGCGCCAGCCGCUCUGCCCACGGAGCCAGGCCCCAGCCCCGUGCCUGCCUUUCUCGGCAAGCUAUGGGCGCUGGUGGGCGACCCAGGCACCGACCACCUGAUCCGCUGGAGCCCGAGCGGGACCAGUUUUCUUGUAAGCGACCAGAGCCGCUUCGCCAAGGAAGUGUUGCCCCAGUAUUUCAAGCACAGCAACAUGGCGAGCUUUGUGCGCCAACUCAACAUGUACGGUUUUCGCAAGGUGGUGAGCAUCGAGCAGGGUGGCCUGCUCAGGCCAGAGCGCGACCACGUCGAGUUCCAGCACCCGAGUUUCAUGCGCGGCCGCGAGCAGCUCCUGGAACGCGUACGACGCAAGGUGCCCGCGCUGCGCUGCGACGACAGCCGCUGGCGCCCCGAGGACCUGGGCCGGCUGCUGGGCGAGGUGCAGGCUUUGCGGGGAGUGCAGGAGAGCACGGAGGCGCGGCUGCGGGAGCUCAGGCAGCAGAACGAGAUCUUAUGGCGGGAGGUGGUGACACUGCGGCAGAGCCACGGCCAGCAGCACCGGGUCAUCGGCAAGCUGAUCCAGUGCCUCUUUGGGCCACUUCAGGCAGGGCCCAGCAAUGCAGGAGCCAAGAGAAAGCUGUCCCUGAUGCUGGAUGAGGGGAGCUCCUGCCCAACGCCCACCAAGUUCAACACCUGCCCCCUUGCUGGUGCCCUCCUGCAGGACCCCUACUUUAUCCAGUCGCCCCUCCCAGAGGCUGCCCUGGGCCUCAGCCCUCACAGGGCCAGGGGCCCCAUCAUCUCUGACAUUCCAGAAGACUCCCCAUCCCCUGAAGGGCCCAGGCUGUCUCCCCCCAGUGGUGGCACGAGGGAGAAGGGCCUGGCACUGCUCAAAGAAGAGCCGGCCAGUCCAGGGGGGGAUGGCGAGGCCGGGCUGGCCCUGGCCCCAAACGAGUGUGACUUCUGCGUGACAGCCCCCCCACCGCUGCCUGUGGCUGUGGUGCAGGCCAUCCUGGAAGGGAAAGGGAGCUUCAGCCCAGAGGGGCCCAGGAAUGCCCAACAGCCUGAACCAAGGGGUCCCAGGGAGGUACCCGACAGGGGGCCUCUGGGCCUGGAGAGGGGGGACAGGAGCCCAGAGAGUCUGCUGCCUCCGAUGCUGCUCAGGGCCCCUCCUGAAGGUGUGGAGCCUGCAGGGCCCCUGGAUGUGCUGGGCCCCAGCCUCCAAGGCAGAGAAUGGACCCUGAUGGACUUAGACAUGGAGCUGUCCCUGAUGCAGCCGUUGGUUCCAGAGAGGGGUGAGAGUGAGCUGGCAGUAAAGGGAUUAAGUUCUCCAGGCCCAGGGAAGGACCCUACGCUGGGGGCCCCACUCCUGCUGGACGUCCAAGCGGCCCUGGGAGGCCCAGCCCUCGGCUUGCCUGGGGCCUUAACCAUUUACAGCACCCCUGAGAGCAGGGCCUCCUACCUGGGCCCCGGGGCCAGUCCUUCCCCUUGAAACCUGCAAGCAAAUGAAGCCACGCUGGCUGAGGGACCAGUCCACAGCGGCACACCCCUCUCGGCUUCCCGGCGCCCCCUGGCGGGGGGUGAGUGAACCCCCUCUCCUUGACUCCGCGGCCUCUCUCCAGUACCCUGAUGAGCCCUGCACAUAAAUUGCAUUUU